UCGGUGGUGCGGCCGGCAGGCAGCUAUGGCGGCCGUACGGGGCCUGCGGGUGUCGGUGAAGGCGGAGGCCCCGGCGGGGCCAGACCUGGGGCUCCCGUCCCCUGAGGCGGAGUCGGGUGUUGACCGUGGCGAGCCGGAGCCCAUGGAGGUGGAGGAGGGCGAGCUGGAAAUCGUGCCCGUGCGGCGCUCGCUCAAGGAACUGAUCCCGGACACGAGCAGAAGAUACGAAAACAAGGCUGGCAGCUUCAUCACUGGAAUUGAUGUCACCUCCAAGGAAGCAAUUGAAAAGAAAGAGCAGCGAGCCAAGCGCUUCCAUUUUCGAUCAGAAGUAAAUCUUGCCCAAAGAAAUGUAGCCUUGGACCGAGACAUGAUGAAGAAAGCAAUUCCCAAAGUGAGACUGGAGACAAUCUAUAUUUGCGGAGUAGAUGAGAUGAGCACCCAAGAUGUCUUUUCCUAUUUUAAAGAAUAUCCUCCAGCUCACAUCGAAUGGUUGGAUGAUACCUCCUGUAAUGUAGUUUGGCUGGAUGAAAUGACAGCCACACGAGCACUUAUCAAUAUGAGCUCCCUGCCUGCCCAGGAUAAGAUAAGAAGCAGGGAUGCCAGUGAGGACAAGUCAGCCGAGAAAAGGAAAAAAGACAAGCAGGAGGACAGUUCAGAGGAUGAUGAAGCUGAAGAAGGAGAGGUUGAAGAUGAGAAUUCCAGUGAUGUGGAGUUGGACACGUUGUCUCAGGUAGAAGAGGAGUCUUUGUUAAGAAACGAUCUUCGUCCAGCUAACAAACUUGCUAAAGGAAACAGGUUAUUCAUGAGAUUUGCUACAAAAGAUGACAAAAAGGAGCUUGGAGCAGCCAGAAGAAGUCAGUAUUACAUGAAAUAUGGGAAUCCAAAUUACGGAGGCAUGAAAGGAAUUCUUAGCAAUUCAUGGAAGCGAAGAUAUCAUUCCCGUCGUAUUCAGCGGGACGUGAUCAAGAAGAGAGCCCUGAUUGGGGAUGACGUUGGCUUGACGUCGUAUAAACAUCGGCAUUCUGGGCUAGUGAAUGUUCCCGAGGAACCCAUUGAAGAGGAGGAAGAGGAGGAGGAGGAAGAGGAAGAGGAGGAAGAAGACCAGGACAUGGAUGCAGAUGACAGAGUGGUGGUAGAGUACCACGAGGAGCUCCCGGCUCUCAAGCCGCCCCGGGAGCGGAGUGCGUCUAGACGAUCCAGUGCCAGCAGCUCAGACUCAGAUGAAAUGGACUAUGAUCUAGAACUCAAAAUGAUUUCCACCCCUUCACCAAAGAAAAGCAUGAAAAUGACUAUGUAUGCUGAUGAAGUGGAGUCUCAGUUGAAAAGUAUUAGGAACUCCAUGAGGGCAGAUAGUGUAUCUUCAAGCAAUAUCAAAAACCGAAUUGGUAACAAAUUACCACCUGAGAAAUUUGCAGAUGUCCGACAUCUAUUAGAUGAGAAGCGUCAGCACUCCCGUCCACGGCCACCAGUCAGCAGUACUAAAUCAGAUAUACGCCAGCGAUUAGGAAAAAGACCGUAUUCUCCGGAAAAGGCUUUUAGUAGUAACCCAGUCGUUCGGAGAGAGCCCUCUUCUGAUGUGCACAGUAGGCUCGGUGUUCCCAGGCAAGAUAUUAAAGGUCUCUACGCCGAUACUCGGGAGAAGAAAUCAGGUAAUUUAUGGACUCGCCUAGGAUCUGCACCCAAGACCAAAGAAAAGAAUACGAAGAAAGUGGAUCACAGGGCACCUGGCGCUGAGGAAGACGACUCCGAGCUGCAAAGGGCGUGGGGGGCUCUGAUUAAGGAGAAAGAGCAGUCUCGCCAAAAGAAGAGCCGGUUAGAUAACUUACCAUCUCUCCAGAUUGAAGUUAGUCGGGAAAGCAGCUCUGGUUCAGAGGCAGAGUCCUGAUGCCCCUGGGGCCUCUGGCAACUGCCCUAAAACCUGACCUUCUUGCACAGGGUGGGGCGCGCAGUAGGAACCUCCCCCGCAGGGGCUGGCGCCCUCUCGCUCCUGCUCACACAGUCACCCUCUCAGCUCUUGCUACUUCGGCAAGACGUCUGAAGAAUGGGACACAUUUUCAAGGGCGUCUCUGUCUUUCGCUGCAGAGUCGUAGUUCUGGGCCCUCGAUUCCUUUCCCAUCACCCCACAGGCUUUACCCUUUGAGAAAAAGGCAGCCCUCCAGAUUUUGUAGACAUUUUUCUUAAUAUUUUUAACAUUGUGUCUUUUAAAAGAAAUGUUUUACACAGUUCAUCCAAAGAGCAGAGAACUGAACUUCUCACUAUUGCCUUGGCCCUGACAGCUGUUACCAGCACCCUUUUCCCAAGAAAAGUCAAUUCCCAGGUGCUUAUUGGACAUCCUUCGAGGGGGAAGAGGAGGGAAGCGGCCAGCUCACCCUUCCGGGGCCCUAGUGUGGGGGCGAAUCUCACCGACCUGACCUCAGAGGUGCACCAGUGCCGCCCAGGUAGAUAAGAGCUGCAGCAUUGACUGUGCUUCCGUUCUUCCCUCGGGGAUUGCUCAUGUCAUGGGCCUCUUACUUGCUGUCAGCUUGAUGUGAAGAUCAAGUUCAGUGCUGUGGGAUUUUUAGGAACAAAAAACUGUGACGUCUGGAUUUGGGGUUGAUUUUUGUGCUGGGGGUGGGAUUAUGGGUUAAUGUUAAAGAAUUUUUAAGUCUGUAUUAUGUUUAAACACAAAUGAUUUGAAAGUUUAAAUUUUUAAUUUUUAUAUGUGGAAAUUCUUCCUGUUGGCUAAAGGGGAAGCUCGAGUGGUGUCUUCUUUUGUGCUGUUAAAUAUAUAUUCUAUUCUUUGGAAGAAGGCAGAGAGAGGAGUCUUAUUAUUUUUAAAUGCUUCUAGUUGUAGAGCCUGUCUGUUGUACAUAGAGUUCAGCUUGCUUUUUGGCUCCAGUAGGAAAAAAAUCCAUCCAUCUGAGAUGGGUCCUGUUGUUUAUUAUCACUCUAGAAGUUAAUACAUUGAUAUUUAUUCUUUCUGUCCCCAAGUUGUGGCACCUGAAAACAUCUUAAAACUUGGCAGAAAAGAUAAUAGUUAUGAAAAUUUUAGUUCAUUUAUUUUUAAACUCCUUUCAGAUUAUUUUACCAUUAGGAGGAGGUAGAUUGUUUCUUCUUGCUGUCUGAUUUUUGUUUUGUAGUAUUUAAUUUUGUAUUCCCCUGCAGUUUUGAGAAACAGUGUUUCGCUUCGGUUUGCUGGAACAUGGGAGUUAGAGCUGGUCGUAAGCCGUGGUCCUUUUUGCGAUGUCACAACUCUUCACCUGCCUGGGCUGUUCCGCACACAGUGCAGCCUGGAUCCUGGCAAUCUGUACUUGUGGCCGAGCUAAUGGUCACAUUGAUAGUUGAUUACACUGUGGCACGAAUGAAUGCAGAACACUGUUAUUAAUAAAGGAAGUAAAAGGGCUGCAAGAUUUGAGAGCUGCAACAAAAACCGUAUUGUCCCAUAUUUUGUUGAUUAACCUGCUUUUUCUCCCUCCCUUUAGAGUAUUAGAGCAUAUAACUGUGAUAUAUUUCAGCUUCCUGAUAAGAUUCUAGGAGAGAGAUGGUUCUGGUUUCUCCGCCAGUUGAGACUUAAGGCAUCUGAGAUUCCUCAGCUUUCCUUUCCCUGUGAAGCACACGGCUGAGAGCCAGGUUCUUAAGAAGGGUCAGGGGUUGGGGAGUUGGUAGAGUGAGAAGUGCGGGGGUCUGAGAAUCAGAGACCUGGAUGCCAACCCCUGGCUCUGCUCCAUGGACCUGGGCCUCAGUUUUCCCAUGUAGCAGUUGAGUGAGCUGGUACCAGAAUUCCUGGCUUUGUUGGUGCGUCUCAGUGGCGAUUUAUUCUUCCCAAGCUGUGAUGGCGGUGCGCUGGCCUGCAUGAAUUUCUGUUGCAGGUGGCUGGAGGAAGCGCCGAGGAGACAACUGAGAGCGAGCGUGAGGUGUGGACAGGGGCUUUUCCCAUCCCAGCAGUCUCUCGUUCUGCAACGGGGCAGAGAUGUCUUGUGGUCAGGGUCCCAGCUGGCAUGGCCUCUGCAGGGUUUAGAAUAUGCCCCUUCACAGACUUUGCUUUUGGUUUUCCACCAGCAGCUCAGGCCCAUUUGUUCCAUGGCCUUUCAGCACUCACCAGUCUCUUGCUGGAGAUCAGCAAAGACAUUCUGGAAGGAGGUGGUGUGCAGUCAAAACUGGGUCUUUGAUCUAACCAAGAAAAAUACACACUUGAGUAGCCUUCAGUUUUCACAGACACACAGAGAGAACCCGGAAAGGCAGGUUUGACGAUUUUACUUCUCGGAGUUACUGGCCUCAUUAGCCUCUCUAACCCUUCAGCCCACUCUCAGUCACUCAGAUCUUGCAACAUCUUGAGUGUGUCCUGAAUGACGAGGCCUUUUCUUUGGCGUUUAGGAGUGAGAAUGGAUAGUCAGGACAGGCCUCUGGCAGGCAGCUGGGCGUGCUUUUACCCUGGACGCUCCCCACACAUGUGGGCACAGGGCUACCCACUUUGUGUAUUCCUCUUAGUCUCAUAGGUAGGAGAUUUUAAAUCCAUGUUUGCUGCUUGAUGGUAAUUGCAGAUACCUCAUUUGUUUCCCACUCUCCUCUCUGGAGAGUUACCAGGUACCCAGGAGAACUUGUGGCGUCCACCGCAGGAUGGAGUCUCCUUCUCUGGCCCCCUUGUAGUCUGAUCCUGUGAACCCCUCCCCGUACUUCAGCCACUGUCCUUUCCAGCUGCAUUUGUACAGCAGCCUCUUCACUGGUCUCUGCCCUUUCUCCGUUCUGCACACCGCAGCCGGGAUGAACCUUUGUUGUUGUUACCAGCUUAAUUAAGAUAUAAUUUGCAUACAGUUCAGCCAUUAAAAGUGUACACUUCAGUCGCUUUCAGUAUAUUUACAGAGUUGUGCACCAGGACUGCAAUCAAUUUUAAAACAUUUUUAUCACCCAGAGAAACCCUGAGCCCAUUAGCAGCGCUCCCUAUUCCCUCUUCCCUCUUAGCCUCUUAAGAUGAGUCACCACUGAUCUUCCUUCUCUCUCUGUGGAUUUGCCUGUUCUGGACAGUUCGUAUAAAUGGGAUCAUAUACUAUGUGUCUAUUUGUGACUGGCUUCUUCACAUAUUUUUGGGGUUCACCCAUGUCACAUAGCAUGUAUCAGUAUUUCGUUUUCAAAAAUUAACGAAUAAUAGUCCAUUUUAUGGGUACGCCACAUUUUUUUAAUCCACUUAUUGGUUAAUGGGCAUUUGAGUUGUUUCUACUUUUGGGAUAUAUAUAUUAUAUAUAUAUAUUUUUUAUUUCUUUAUUUAUUUUUGAGACAGGGUUUCGCUCUUGUUGCCCAGGCUGUAAUGCACGAUCUCAGCUCACUGCAACCUCCGCCUCCGGGGUUCAAGCGAUUCUCCUGCCUCAGCCUCCAGAGUGGCUGGGAUUACAGGCACGUGCCACCACGCCUGGCUAACUUUUUGUAUUUUUAGUAGAGACGGGGUUUCACCAUGUUGGUCAGGCUGGUCUUGAACUCCUGACCUCAGGUGAUCUGCCUACCUCGUCCUCCCAAAGUGCUGGGAUUACAGAUGUGAGCCACCACACCUGGCCCUACUUUUUGGCUAUGAUGAAUAAUGUUGCUAUGAACAUUCCCAUACAAGUUUUUGCAUGGACAGGUGUUUUCAUGACUCUUGGGUUUAUGCCUAGGAGUGGAGUGGCUGGGUCCUGAUCACCUUUAACCUGUGGAGGAGGCGCCAGGAGGCUUUUCCAGGCGGUGGUGUCAUUAUCCAUUGUCCAUUCCCACCAGCGAUGUGUGAGGACUCCGGGUUCUCCACAUCUCCACCAAUACUCACUGUUUUCUGCUGUGAAGUGGUACCUCAUUGUAGUUCUUUAUUUUUAUUUUUUCUUUUUAAAAUACAUUUUGUACAGAUGGGGUCUCGUUAUGUUGCCCAGGCUGGUCUCACACUCGUGGCCUUGAGUCAUCCUCCUGCCUCGCCCUCCCAAAGUGCUGGGAUUACAGGCAUGAGCCACCACGCCCGGCCCUCAUUGCGGUUUUUGAUUUGUAUUUCCCUAGUGACUGAUGAUGUUGGGCACCUUUUCACAUGCUUCAGGAUGAACUUUCUUAAAUAUAAAUCUGCUUCGAUUAUUCUUCUGCGUGAAACUUUUCCAAAGCUUCACUAUUGCACUGAGAAGAAAUUCCACACUCCCGACCGCAUGAGCCCAGGAAUUCAAGGCUGCAGUGAGCUAUGAUUAAGCCACUGCACUCCAGCCUGGGCAGCAGAGCGAGACCUGUCUCAAAAAAUACGUACACACAUCAAUUUCCCCCUUUUUGACAGCUUUUUAUAAGGCUCACCAAGGUCUGUCCUCUGGCAGUGUCCCUGGCCUGUUCUCCCCAUCUCCCCUGCCCUCUGCUCACCAGUUCCCUGAAUGCAUCUCGAUCUCACUAGCCCUACAGACCGUGCACAGAACUGUUUCUACCUCCAGCGAAAUACUUCCCCCCAGGCUUCUCCCCCUCCCACCUCAAUGUUCCGCUCGCCAACUUAGGGUCUUAGGGGCCCUCCCAGGAGGCAAUCCCCAGCUUCCAGAGCCAGGGUCUAGGCUCCUUCUCUGUGUCCCAUGGCGCUGCCACAGAAGAGUCUUGGCUCUCUCCAGCAUUCAGUUCUAAGGUCAGUGUCUAAGGUGAAAAUGGAGGGUAACUGAAAUUCCUCUUAGAAAUCUAAGGAAGGUGCCAUAUUGAAGACCAACAUCUUGAGGUCCCAUGUAGUCAUUUCUUGCCCAUGUGGGAACAGAUUACUGUUUGGUUGAGCACCAGGUGAAGUGAUUGGUCUGCAGUUAGGGCUGAGUUGUGCAAAAACCACUUGUUUUUAGGUGUUAGAAGCACACUUAGGCGAGAAGGUCACUUCUGGGGAGCUUGGGAACCGAGGCAGGCCGCAGGGGCAGCAGAGGCGUGAGCUUGCCCACGCCCGCCCUGCUGUCUGCACCCACGGAGUGAAGGAGGGGCCAGCGGAAUGGCCCAAACAACGGAUUUGUUUUUCUUUUUUACAAAGUUUUUCAGACACAUACCAUUGUGUUUAAGUGAAAUGUGUGUAUAAUGCCCAGUCACUGUACCCUGUAACCCCGCACACCUCUACACUGGACUGUAAUAUCUUGUUCCGAGUUUGUCUUGCUAGACUGUAAGCUCCGUGCGAGCAGGGACCAUGUCUGCUUGUUCACUGGGCUUUCCCCGGUGCCUGCCAGCGUGCCUGGCAUCCAGCAGGUCUUGUGUAAAGAUGGGAUGAAUCUGUAAAACCCUCCAGCCUCAGGAAUGGCUCCAUCCUCUGAGGCUCUGGGGCCCACUGACAGGCUAGUCAUUUUUCUGCCAUGUGCGUACAAUGCUUUAUUUUCAUGUUGUAUUUUCCUUUCUAGCCGGUAAGCAAGCUCCUGAUGAGCCAGGUUCUUUGUGGUGGUGUCUCUGUAUCCUUUCGUCAGGCCAGCCCAGAGUGAGCAGUGCUGCGAAAGUGUUUGGUAACUGAAUGAAUUGUGGUAACGCAGCCCAGCUCCGGCAUGACUGUCUGCAGGUUAGUCUGAUUCUAGAUGAGAGCCCCAGCUUCGAAAAAGGGACGAUUAAUUAUUCAGAGGUGCAUAUGCUUGUAUAAGAAAAAAAAAUCUCAUUAAAUAGACCUGAGUAAAGUUCAAAUUUUAAUGAUACGGCCAUGUCGGAGCUGAAGCUGACCCAGCUCUCUAAAGCGUUUGCUAGGGAAUCAUGCAGAUAGUCCAAAAUGUUUUUUAGAAAAGGAUUCAUCUGUCCCAGGAUAGACGUAGAGGAAGCUGGCAGGCAGGCAGUAGGCCCCAAAGAAGGACGGCUGAGCCAGUUCUGAAGCCUGUGGUCCUGUUGGUGAGGAAGGUAACAGCCGUCCAGAGCAGGUGAAAAGAACAGAACUCAUUCCUGCAGUGGCUCUUUUGCCUAAAGCAGCAUUCCUCAAACUUCUCACUCGAAGCAUUAAGUGAUGGUGAGAUGCUAACACGCACUUUAGAUUUAAGUCAAAAUUUGCUGUGAAGCCACGGCAAACUCUGGCUUCACGGGUGAAUUAGUUGCUACACAAAUAAGUUUGAUACCUAAGUACAGUAAUUGCUUUUCAACCUUAUAAUAACAAGAAGUUAAUAAUCAGAAGUUAAACCAUGUUUUUUUCUUUUACGAACUAAAAGAAGAGAAUGCUUUUGAUACUGAGAAUGGCACACUUGCGUCAAACCAGAUUGUUACUGCAUCACCAGACCCGCAAUAAAUAUCUAGAACUUUUCUUACGUGUUUAUAAAAUAAAUCUUAGAAGAA